AUGUGCUUCUAAAUUUAUACCUUUCUUUAACGAUGAUUUUUAGCGAUAGAAGUAUUUUGUGAUGGAUAAUUUAUUUUUUAGCUAAUUCGUCACUAAUUUUUUUAUAAAAUUUAUAUAUAAUAAUUAUGUUAUCUUUUUCUUGCUUAUUUGCCACUAUAUAGUGGUAGAACAAAUUACAUCGCCAAAAUUUAUGGCUAUUUUUCUGAUUUCUUGUAGCAAAUUUUAUUCAAUAACUAUUAUAUUCAUGAUAUUUUGGAUUCAUAUGAUUAUGUCACAAACAAUGAAUACUUUGAAUCAUUUAAUUACUGAUGCUUUUUUUUUUUUUUGAGAUUAAGUAAAAUGUAAAUAAUGCUUUAGAAUGAUGAAAAGACAUUUUAGAAGUUCUAAAAUUUAUAUUGAUAGUGUCAAAAUCUUUUUUAAAAAAUUAGCUGGUGUAAUUGUUAAAUAAAAUAUUUUCAUUUUGUUUAAAAGAUAAAUAGUUCUUUAAUCUACAUAAUAUAUAAUCUAUUCAACUGAAUGGGCUAAGAAUAUGAUAAAAAAAUCUAAAUAAUUAAGAGAGGUUCUUAAUUUGAUAUUAGUAAAACAUUUGUCUCGCAAAAAUUUGUCUAAAAAAAAACGCAAGCCAAAAAAAAAAAAGAAAGGAAAGAAAAACGUUUAAUUAGUUGUAAUCCAAUUCCAAACCGUAUUUGGAUUUGCCAUUUGUUGGCUAUAAAGUCUUAGAGCAUCACUUCACUCCUCUCUAGCCUACUUACAAUUGUUCUUCCUCUGCACAUCCUAAUCUCUUCAACGUUAUAAUCGCUCUCUCUUUUCUUUCUUUCAGAGAGAAAAAAGAAAAAGAAAACCCUAAUCACUCGCCCAUUAUUCUAAGCAAGUUGAUCAGAGAUGAUCGCGAAGAAGAGCAGAACAGAAGGUAGUUUGGAGAAACCGAGUAUUGUCACCCACUACGAUGGAGAUCUUCAUCAUGCAGCAAGAUUGAAGAUGAAUAUUGGGUCUUUUUACUUGCCAAAAGAUAACGUAGAGAGACCACUAGGAGAAGAUGCUCACUUUGUUUGCAAAGAAAAGGACACUAUCGGUGUUGCCGAUGGAGUCGGCGGGUGGGCUAAGAAAGGUAUUGACCCUGGAAAAUAUGCAAGAGAGCUCAUGGAGAAUUGUGUGAUGGUUUUGAAAGAUGAACCUAAAGGGUCUGUUAAUCCAAGAAGGGUCCUGGAAGAAGCUUAUCUGAACACCCUUUCAAAGGGAUCAUCUACUGCAUGCAUUAUGACACUUGGAGAUGACAAUUUCCUCAAGUAUGUGAAUUUGGGGGAUAGCGGGUUGAUGGUGUUUAGGGACAGGAGAUUAAUGUACAAGUCACCGGUGCAGCAGCGUGGUUUCAAUCAUCCAUAUCAGCUGGGGAGAUGCUCUGACACUCCGAGUUUGGCUUAUGAAGAUAAGGUGGCGGUAAAAGCUGGAGAUAUUGUAGUUGCAGGAACGGAUGGAUGGCUUGAUAAUAUGUUUCCAUUCGAGGUUCUUGAAAUCAUUGAUCAAACUGAGAUGGAAGCAGAGAUAUUGGCUUGGAUGAUUGCUGAAAAUGCAUUGUGCAGUGCUGUUGAUGAUGACUAUACUUCUCCCUUUGGCAUAGCUGCUGAGAAGGCUGGGUACAAGCAUGAAGGUGGCAAAUACGAUGACAUUACAGUGGUUGUUGCUAUGAUUGAACCAUUAUGCAGGGUUUAAGUUAUUAGAUCAUUCAUUCGGACGUAGAAUAUUGCAUUUGAAUGGUACAAAAUGGUGCUGUUUUAUGCA